CCAAACUGCGACAGCGCCAAUGGCAGCAAAACAUAACUGUUACAGGCGAGGAGGAUGACAGCAAUAAGGAUUUAAUUGUUUGAUCAUUUCCUGCCUGCAAAAGAGAGACUGCGUUCCUUUGACCUGACACAAAAGAGCCUUUAGUGCUCAAGUCCGACAUUUAGUAUGAUUCCUUGGCUGAGGUGGAGGUGAGGAAGCAUGGGGUGGAAAUCUGAGGUGUCCAGACAAACCUGAUGACAGUAUGGUCAACGGUGGAGAAGCUCAAAAUGGAAAAACGCCCAUGGAGGGAGGAGAACAUUGACUUAAGCAAGGUGCAGCACGCCACUGACGAUUCUGAGGAUGGAAGCAGCUCAGAGAGCGAAUCAGAGGAGCAGAAACAGCAGAAGGCUCAGGUGAGCGGCAGCAGGUGUAAGAAGAGAGAGCCCUUGGCUGUCACAAAACCGCAUCGACAGCUCUGCCGCUCUCCAUGCCUCGACCGUCCUAGUUUUUCCCAGAGCAGCACUUUGCAAGAUUUCCGUGAAGAUGAGAGCAGCACAGGACAAGGGGUCAAGCCCACCAGCGACAAAGAGUACCAGACUAAGAUGGACUUUGCUUUGAAGUUGGGCUAUUCUGGAGAGCAGGUGGAGACUGUACUCAACAAGUUGGGGGCUGCUGCACUCAUUAACGAUGUUCUUGCUGAGUUAGUGCGGCUUGGAAACAAAGUAGAGCCUGAAAGUCAACCCUGCAGCAGUACAGCAACAUCAAUAUCACGGUCCCCCUGUGUUAAAGAGACUGUUAGUCCCGAGGCUUCAGUGGAGGAUGACUCUGUGGAUACCUACGAUAACCUCCGGCCCAUCGUCAUUGACGGCUCAAAUGUGGCGAUGAGCCAUGGAAACAAAGAGGUUUUCUCUUGCCGUGGUAUCCAACUUGCAGUUGAAUGGUUCUUGGAGAAAGGGCACAAAGACAUCACUGUAUUUGUCCCAGCCUGGAGAAAGGAACAGUCGAGGCCUGAUGCUCUCAUCACAGAUCAGGAAAUAUUACGCAAACUGGAGAAGGAAAAGAUCCUGGUUUUCACUCCAUCUCGGAGGGUUCAAGGCAGGAGAGUGGUGUGCUAUGAUGAUCGCUUCAUAGUGAAGCUGGCUUAUGAUUCUGAUGGAAUUAUUGUGUCAAACGACAACUACAGGGACUUGCAAAACGAAAAGCCAGAGUGGAAGAAGUUCAUAGAGGAGCGUCUCCUGAUGUACUCGUUUGUCAAUGACAAGUUUAUGCCACCGGAUGAUCCUUUGGGAAGACACGGUCCAAGCUUAGAAAAUUUUCUCCGUAAGCGUCCUGUUGUUCCAGAGCACAAAAAACAACCUUGCCCCUAUGGUAAAAAGUGCACAUAUGGACACAAGUGCAAGUACUAUCAUCCUGAACGUGUCAACCAGCCACAGCGCUCAGUGGCUGAUGAACUGCGAGCCUUUGCCAAACUGUCUGCGGUGAAAACGAUGAGUGAGGGGGCUCUAGCUAAGUGCGGUACCGGUCCAGCAACUGCAAAGGGGGACAACAGCUCAGAGGCCAAACGAGUGGCGCCUAAACGUCAAUCUGACCCCAGCAUUCGCUCAGUGGCCUGUGAACCUCCUGAAGCACUGUCCGCUGUUCGGAAGUCUGAGACAAAUUCAGUGCCUUCCCUUGUGUCUGCUCUCAGUGUGCCCACCAUGCAGCCCGCCAAGAGCCACGCAGCUGGUGCCUUGAACACACGAUCAGCCAGCAGCCCAGUGCCAGGUUCUCUGCAGUUCGCACACAGUUCUCUGGAGCACAUGUCUAGUGUACAGUACCCUCCUAUUUUAGUUACAAACAGUCAUGGCGCUUCUGUUACAUACAGUGAACAGUUCCCAAAGUAUGACUCAGUAAGUGACCAUGGCUAUUAUUCACUGCACAGUGAUUUUUCAAAUAUGAGCAUGAGCAGCAUGCACAAUGUCGACAGUUUCUGUAGCAUGGAGCACGAGCAUGGUGUGUAUCAGAGAAAUCCCAGCCACUGCCCUGAAUCCUGCCUCAGCCACUCGAACAGCGACUCGUUCUCUUCUUAUGGAGACCUGUAUCCAAGCUCAGUUGACAGUAGCUUGGAGGAGAGCAUGAAGGGGCAGCAGCAGUCGACCGCACAAGCUAGGAUGCAAGCAUUCUCCCACGGGUUCCGUCAUGAAGUGCUAACCAGGGUGCAAAGUUAUGGACCAGAGGAACCCAAACAGGGCCCGCGUAAGCAGCAGUCUGGGUCUCACCUAGCACCCCAUAUCCAGCAUGUUGCUGUGGGAGCCAGGUCUAGCUGUCCUGGAGACUAUCCCCUUACUCAGAGUGUCCUCCCACCUCUGUCCUCACAGCCCACAAGGUCUCUAGGCAUGACUCGUAUGGAUAGCAUAUCAGAUUCAAGGCUAUAUGAUAGCAACCCAAUGAGACAGAGGAGACCGCCACUGUGCCGUGAGCAGCACGCCAGCUGGGACCCUCUGCCAUGUGGUAAUGAGUCUUACGAAUAUCAUUCAUAUCCAUUGAGCAACAGCCUGAUGCCAUGCUGUGAGCGGGUGAUGGUCCGCAGCAUGCCAGAAAAAAUGGAACAAAUCUGGAACUCACCAUGGGAGACGCCGUCUGCAGCUGAACACCAAGAGCGGUACGUCAUCCCAGACCACCAGUAUCAAACAUAUCGAAACCUUUGUAACAUCUUUCCUGCUUACGUAGUCCAUUCAGUUAUGGAGAAGAACCCUCAUUUGACAGAUCCACAACAACUCGCAGCUGUCAUCGUAACAAAACUGAGGUCAUGCCAUUGAGCUCUCAAUCUUAUUUAUAAUGAUGGAUAUGACAAAGGAAAUUUUAUUGAUUGCAAAGAUAGGCACUUGUUUAAUUUUGCUGCAGUUGCAACAUCUGCCCUCAGGAGUUUUUUUUAAUGUGUCGGGUAGAAAUCUGGCUAUCAGAUUUUGUAUCACUAAGGUGAGAUAGAAGUAAUCAGAAUAGAGAAGGUAUGUCUAACAAGUUUAUCUUAAAUUGUAAGAUGUUUCACAUAAGAAAGCUACAGUUUUAUAUGAAGUUUGGAGCAGUUACAAUGAGGUAAAACCUUUUUAAGAAAUCUGAUUCAUAUUACACAUUCAUAACACCUGAGCAGGAGCUCUAUUGCAACAAAUUUUUAAUGAACUGAACUUUAGUUCAAUGUUAAAAAACAACCAAAAAAACCCAAAUAGAUUAGCUUUCUAACAAUAAGCAUGUCUGUUAAACACCCCUAAGAUUAAUUUUGCAUGAGUUCUUGGUAAUACUGAUUUGAUUACAAGAAAAUCUGCUUAAAUCCCCAAAAUAUUUGUGUCAAUAACUGGCUCUUCUCAUAUGUUACACUUCUAUACUAACUAGCUACCUAGCUUAGCAACUGCUAUAAAUUUCAGCUUGUUUAUUUCUUAUGUACAGAUGAGGAUGCAAUUAUUUAGUAUUUAGUAUUUCCUAAGUGCUGUUAAACAGAGCAAGGAAUUUUUAACACAACUUUUUUAAACAUCCUUGUUUGAUUUUGGAAAGCAUGAUGACACCCAUAAAGAAGUGUGCCAAAAUGUGGACCCUUUCCAACUUUUAGUAAUGGAAACGCAAAUAAACCUUGUACCAAACUAAACUGGACUGCUCAGUGGAAACAAGUGAAAUGUUAGCUCACGCCAAGCUGACUAGUUGGUAAGCAUUAGUUUUGUUAGGCUAAGCUUAGUGUGUACAUUGUUUCCCUAAAUAAGAGCACCUUCAAAUUUGAUGAUGACUUAUAGCUGCUACUGUAGGUAACUGAUGCUAUCAGGCUAAUUUUGAUAGCAGUUGUUAGGCUUGUUAGCUGAUAUAAGGAGAGCAGUGAAAGCACUAAAGGGAUUUUGAAAAAAAAAGAAAAUGUAUAAUCAAAAAACUUGAAUUGAAUAAAGGUUAAUUUGUGAAACAAGAUUUCAGCUACAACACAGUGCACACAAGAACUUUUUGCACAUUUGCCUGAUGUAAGAGUAGGCCACCAUUCAACAUCAUGUAGCUUUUGGAAGAUCUUGUUCAGGUCCUGUGAAUGUGUUAUUAAUGGCAUCUCAAGUGUUUCUGGUGCAGUGGAACUAAAGAUAAUCAUGCUUUGGUCUGCCUCUGCUGUAAAUAAUUCUUGUGACUUUUUUGUGCAUUAAUUCUGAAGAUAAGUCAAAGGGAGGUAGCCACAUACCUCACAGCAUGAACUAUGACAUUUAAUGGCCUUAUAUCUGAAUGACCUCACGCUUUAGUCAUUGUCUAAUGGGUUUCAAUGAAAGUCUUUGUCAUUGAAGCCACCUAUUUUCAAAUGUAAAGCACUAUCUCAGUAUCUAAAGAGAUAUAUUUUCUCAGCCUCACUUAACAAAGCUACUAUUUUGGUAGAAUUUGACAGUGCACAAAGCAAGCCAAAUAGGAGAUUUGACUUGUAAACGUGCACAUUUCUAUGUACAUGUAAUCACUCAAAAGCCAUUAUUUCAGAGUCAUUUAUAAGCUGCUAAAUAAUGCCAAAAAAAGAAUUUAUAUAGUGUCAGUAUUCUGCAUUACUUUACGGUUAUGGUUCACAGAAUUGAUUGGAUUAUGUUAAAAAUUAACGUGUGUUUGGAUUAUUUCCUAUGGUGUAUUAUCCAGUUACCAGUCUGGUUUUAUUGGAUGCUACAUCCAAGAUUUUCCUACUAACGUAUUUGUCAUUUUUGUGUUGAUUCUUUUCAAUGUAAAGGUAUUCAAAGCAUCUUUGUUUAAAACAGUAGCUCUAAUGGACUCCUUCAAGUUGUCAGUGGAGCAGUUUAUUUAAAGGAGCAGGUAAAGUCUCUUUCAGAGACUACUUUUACAUGCACUCAAGUCUUCUGGUAUUUUACAGGCAAAAACUAGGUUCCCUGAUUAGUUUAAGGCAUUAGGAGAAACCUCUGAUGAGUGUGACCAUCGAUAGAGCAUCAGCUGGUUGGUAAAGAUCAGGCUAAUGCAGUGAAUCUGGAGUGGUUGGACACUUUUGUGACCUAAACUGAUUUAGGAUAGUUUGCUUUUUUUAUGUGCAUGUAAACGUAGUGAAACUUUUAGAAUUGAUUUCACUGAGCUGUAAUGUCACUUCCAUAGGGACACGUUGUAGAAAUGUACUUUCAGAGGUGGGAACAGUGCUAACCAACACAGUUUAAAUGCUUGCACAAAGAUUUCUGACACAGACUGAUUAUUACAUGAUAAUACAUUUGUCAGAUAAAGACAGGAUUCUGGCUGUUACAGGUAAGCCUCUGAACGAGUUAAAUAUGGCACUCAUUUUAAGAUAUUUUCUUCAUUUAAUUAAUUGACAUUAAAAAUGAAGUGAAAGCUAGUAGGUAUAUUAGAUGUAAUUUACUGAAUGGAUUUUUUGGGAGGCUGUAUUGUUCAAAUAUUGUACAAACACAUGCAGCCAGUCUCCAAGGAUCAUGAAAGGGUUUGGCUGUGCCUUGCAGCACAUUGCUCUCAGGAUGCUUUCGAUUUUUCUAAUUUUUAGUCUUGCCCUGCCAAAAACCAGUGGUUACUGGCAAGAGUAGUUUGACUUAUUAGUAAUAUAUUUUGUGAAAAUCCUACAUGUAACAUGUAGUAUCUUAAAGUUAGUUAUGUACAGCUGAAACGUAAAGACGGCAUUGCAAAACUUUGUAUUUUUGUGUAAAUGCUUGUUAAGCACCUUGAGUUCUCUGAAAUUGAGCUAACAAGGGUGGGCUUUACGUGAUGCAUCUUUCUUCAGAUGAAAUAAUUGGUGAGCUGGCUUGAUGAAAAAAAAAUCCUCAAAGACCUCUACAUUUUCAUGAAAUGUGAGUGGAGGUUGUUGGGAAAGUUGAGGCCUUGGGAUAUUUAUCACAACAAAUUCAUUGCGCCUUUGGUAAAAAAGACUCCCGUGGAGGAUAGACUGGUGUUUCCUUGGUCUGAGCUCCUCCAGGAGCCUCCUCUCUCCUCCAUCCUUGCCUCCUCCAGGCGCAUUUAAGGAACUGAAAGAUACUUCAUCAUGGCGGAGGAGAACAAUUUUUGAGUCAGUCAAGGAGAGAGGAUGGACAAAACUUUGUAACGAGAAGCACCCAUUUUAUCCCCUGCAAGGUGGUAAAGUCAAACCUUUAUUAGCUAGUGAGGCACAUCCAUGCUCUCCUGAGGAUCUCCAUCCUUUAUGUCAGUGAUCCAUUACCUUUCCUCUAUUCCCACCCUCAGAACACACUUUACAUUUUACCUACUAUUGCAGGUUUGUUUGCAGCACGUAAAGCCCACCCUAAAGGCAGUAUUAUGCUUUGAGUGUGAUUAAAGGGAAAUGCCACUUAUUUUUUAUGAUUCAGCAUUCAGGCCUAUGGUUUAAAACAAACAUCAAUUAGUAGUUUUAGUGUUUUAUUUUAAGUAAUUAUUAAGACGAAACAGAAAUUAAGAAAGUUCCUUCAUUGACGAUGAAUGGAGCUGCAUAAAACAGCACACUUCUUUCUAAUUAGGAAAUUAUAACAAAUUAAGUUUAAAAGCAAAUAUUUUAACUGAGUGGUAUUGCUCUUUAAUGGAGUUUAUUCUGACUUUGUCUCAUUGGUGGUGCAUCAAAAAUAUAUAGUUCUUUAUAAUGUUUAGG